CAUCCACCGACACCAACACCAACUCCUCCUUGUCUCUGUAACGUCUCCCUUUUCCACUCUCUCCUUCUCGACCGCCGUCUGAACCAUUGCCUUUACGCUACAGGCCCGGCUACUGCACCAACACCACCAUGGCCGGCUCGGAAUCUGCCCCGCAUGUCGAGCUCGACCCCGCAGCAACAAACGACAGCAACGAAGCGCGCGAUCAUGAGGGCAAGGACCACAAACCGAGGGACAGCAAAGGCUGGGACGGGAAAUUGAGGCUAGACAAGAAUGCACUGACAGCAGAUGCGGAUGCUCAGAGCGAGCCAGAGAUGUCUGAGGAUGAGGGUCCCCCUCCCGAGCAGCUAGCCGCCGACGAAGAUUUGCUGGACGACGUCAACGAGGACGAUGAGGAUAUUGACUUGAUCCACUGCAAGGUCUCAAGCAUCCCAGCCCUGAGACUAGAGAGGUUCAAGAAUCUUCAACGUCUUUGUUUACGUCAAAACCAAAUAUCGCACGUUGAGCUCCCAGAAUCACUUGCACCCACGCUACACGAAAUCGAUUUUUAUGACAAUUUAAUCGCACACAUCAAGGGCUUUGAUGCCUUCACUGAGCUGACCUUGCUCGAUCUAUCGUUCAACAAAAUCAAGCAUAUCAAGCGUCUCAAUCACCUUACGAAACUGCGAGAGUUGUACUUCGUACAGAACAAAAUCAGUGCAAUAGAAGGCUUGGACGGGCUAAGCCAUCUCCGGGAGCUGGAACUGGGCGCGAACAGGAUACGCUCAAUAGAGAACCUUGAAACCUUGACGGCUCUGGAGGAACUGUGGUUAGGGAAGAACCGAAUCACCGAGAUCAAGGGCCUCGACACGCUGAGCAACCUCAAAAUUCUCUCCAUUCAAUCGAAUCGACUCACUGCCAUCACCGGUCUUUCCAACCUCAAGAACUUGGAAGAACUACACAUAUCACACAAUGCGCUCACAGACCUGUCGGGACUCGAGUCCAAUACCCAGCUUCGAGUCAUGGACAUAAGCAGCAACCCAAUCGAGCACCUCACUGGGCUCUCUCAGCUCAAAAAGCUGGAGGAAUUCUGGGCAAGCUACUGCAAGUUCAGCAGCUUUGAAGAGGUAGAGAAAGAAUUGAGGGACAAGGAGGAGCUGAAGACGGUGUACUUUGAGGGCACUCCGCUGCAGACGAGCCAAAGGGCGCUUUACCGGAACAAGGUCAAAUUGACCUUGCCACAAGUCAUUCAAAUCGAUGCUACAUUCGUGAAAGCCUAGAGACUCCUAGAUUUUUGUUUUCGCAGUCUUUUGCUCUUGAAUGGAUUUUGGACAUAUUGAUUCUUCGCGUGCUUUCACGCUUCUAUUAAAGCGGGCUUGGUAGUUGACGCCCUGUUUCUUUUUUUUUUUUUUUUUU